AUGCUACUAAAGACACAAUACCUGGGCAGUGGCUGCAAUCUAAUUGACCUACAUUAUAAAUACAAAAUCGGUUACACAACACUAAGUAAAAUAGUCAGGAAAGUUUGCAAAGCUGUGAGGGAAGUUUUGCGUGAAGAGUGUAUACCAAAAUUUACAGAAGAAAGGUGUAUGAUAAACGCCAAGAGACUUGAAAGGCAUGCAGACUUCCCGAAAUGCUUAGGUACCUUAGAUGACAAGCACGUGAGAAUAGUUAAACCAGAUUUCAGUGGUUCUCAGUUCUACAACUAUAAGAAAUUCCAUUCUAUAGUUCUGUUCGUAGUUGCAGAUGCAAACUGUUUGUUAACUAUGUUGAAGUUGGAUCUCGUGGUAGAGAAUCGGAUAGCACUAUCUUCGAAAAUUGGCCAAGUGAUCUGGGCAAUUAAGUUCCAACAACGCAAGGAGGAAGUUCACUUAAUUCUAGAAGAAAUGUUUGCACUGAUUACUUCAUAA